AUGUGGCUGGGAUAUCCUGGUACCUCUGGAGCACCCUUCAUGGACUACAUUAUCACUGACGCUGUAACAUCUCCGCUUCGACUUGCACACGCUUACACAGAGAAGCUCGCCUACAUGCCGCACACUUUCUUCAUUGGAGAUCACGCUCAAAUGUUGAAGCACCUGACUGAACGCGUUAUACUUAAGGACAAGUUGGCUCCCGCUGAAAGAGACAAUGUCGCAGUUGUUAAUGCAACUAAUCUUGAACCACUUUUGAGCAAAGCUGAUGUCAAGCACACAAUAAGAGAAACUGAGGUAGUUUACGGCCCUGCUAAGGAGAAGAUUAAGACCGAGGUUGUAGUUCCAGUCGUAGAAGUCCCAACGACGGAACCUCUCAAACAGAUGAUGGGUGGAAGUUUGAUCGCAAGUAGUGUGGUGGAUGGUGUUCAUGUUCACAAUGGUCUAACACAGAUUCAAAUGCAUCAUAAAGCAGCCACGGGUGAAGAGGUGCCACAAUCACUCUUACUGACUAGUCGUCAACAAUACAAUUUGCCUGAAGAUGCUGUGGUCUUCUGCAAUUUCAACCAAUUGUACAAAAUCGAUCCACCUACGCUGGACAUGUGGAUCAAAAUAUUGAAACGGGUACCACGUAGUGUUUUGUGGUUGCUUCGGUUCCCAUUCCAUGGAGAAGCUCACGUACAUAAAUAUUGUGCUGAACGGGAUAUCGACACAAAACGAAUUGUAUUCAGCCAUGUUGCGGCUAAGGAGGAACAUGUUAGGAGAGGUCAAUUGGCGGACGUGUGCUUGGACACGCCGCUUUGUAAUGGUCAUACUACUGGCAUGGAUAUUUUAUGGACAGGAACUCCAAUGGUUACUAUGCCAUUGGAAACGCUCGCUUCUCGCGUGGCUUCAUCACAACUGUACGCUCUUGGUGUACCAGAACUUGUGGCAGAAAGUAGGGAGGACUACAUUAACAUCGCUGUGAAACUCGGCACGGAUAAGAACUAUUUGUCGGCAAUCCGCGCAAAAGUAUGGAAGGCUCGGACGACUUCUACGUUGUUCAACGUGAAGCAGUACUGUACAGACAUGGAAACACUGCUGCACACAAUGUGGCGACGAUAUGAAGAAGGUCGGCCGGUGGACCACAUAACCCAAGGCUCAGUUCAAGUGGACUUCUAA